CGGGCGCGCCGUCGCGACUGCGCUGUGGGAGCUGGUGGGGGACGCGGGCCAUGGCCGCCUGGCGGGCCUUGGGAAAGAGCCGUCACGCUCCUCUGAGCCGCGCCUUCGCCGGCAGCAGCUGUCGGCUCCUCCCGGAGCGCGGCGCCGAGUGCAGGGAUGCGGCGCCCAGCCGGGCCUCGGGGUUCCGCCCCCCUAGCCAUUCUCACCGGGACUGGAUUGGACCACCAGACAAGCUUUCCAACCUGCGGCCCGUCCACUUUUACAUCCCCAAAGACGAAUCGGCAGCGGAACAGAAGCUCAGAGAAUUAAGACAAGAAACCCAGGAGUGGAACCAGCGGUUCUGGGCGAACCAGAACGUGACCUUUCUUAAGGAAAAAGAAGAGUUUAUCCACUCGAGACUGAGAGCUAAAGGCCCGGGACUGAGAGCCAAGUCAGGUCAAAAGUUGACAUUGAGUGCUGAAGAAAUGGCUGACUUUUACAAGGAGUUUUUAAGUAAAAAUUUUCAGAAGCAUAUGUAUUAUAACAGGUGGAAGUCGCCGUAAACUCAGAUUCGCACUUUCAGAGAAGGUCGACGCUGAAAGUGACUGGCCGGCCGCCCUGCGGUGCCUGGACGCCCCUCCAAGCGGAGCUGGCUCGGGGGAGGGGCAGCCCCGGAGGAGCCCAGGACUCUUGGGUCUGAGAGCAAGGAGGCCCCGGGGCCACGUGGCCCCACACGGGGCUCCCUCAGGCCAGAGAUGCUGCCGAAGAAACUGCCCUCGGUGGAUGAGAAAUAUAUGAAACAUCUCUGCAACCACGAUGACACCGACAGGCGUGGGGGCACCUCUGGGGACCAUGAGGCAGUCAGCUCUCUUCUGAAGAUUGACAAAGGGAGGAAGGUGGGGGGGACCCGAGAGCACCUGGCCGUCCAGGGUCCCUGUGCCGAGCAACGGGCACGGCCUCUGGAAGAGGCAGAAGCUGGAGCAGGAGUGCAGGGCCCAGAGAGCCACCUGUCCCCGCAGAGGAAAUGGGCCUGGGCACUGGUCCUCCCUCGUGGCUGCUGGGACGCGCGGGCAGGGGAGCUGACGGGGACUUCGGAGCGGACCGCCCUGCACCCGGGGAUCCCUGGGCCGUGUCUCUGAGGUGCGGGCGGAGGGCCGAGCACCACGGGGGCCAAGUCAGGCCCCCCAGCCUCCGGAACACCAGUUCUCAGGAGGACAGUGAAAGGACGUGUUGAGGGGUGAGGGGUUCACGGAGGACUGUGUCAGGACGACAGUCUGAGGCUGCAGCCCCCCGAGGGUGGGGAAUUCUGCAGGACAGAGGAUUCAGUUCCAACAAAUAACUAGGAUUGUGGGGAAAGAGGUUCCCCUGUGACUGCGGGCAGAGGGCCUGUGCGGGGGGCGGGGGGGGUCCUGGGUGGCCCUGGUCGGCUGCAGGCUCUGUCAGGUGCUGUGCUGGCGCUGUGGCCGUCUCUAGGAAAGGUGGGACGUACUCUGCAUGCGUGUUUCCCUGUGAAAUGGGCCUGAUGCCGGAGGUUAGCUUGGGACGGGCGGUGGCAGUGUUGAGUUGAGAGCUUGGUGGCCAAGGUCAGGUGAGCCCCCCAGGGCAACAGGUGCUGGUGCCCUCGCUUGUGACUCUGAGCUGCUGGGGGGUGGGGGCAGGGGGACCCGGUUCUGUGCCUCCUGGGUUCUCUGAACCUCACGUCCUCCCGGGUGGCACUUGGGACAGGACCAGCCUCAGCCACAGUCCCCGGCACUGGAGCCUCUGUCCUGCCCCCCUGUGGACACAGGAGGCGCUGCGUCUCCACGCCCCCUGCCCCGCCCCCGGCCCCGCCCCUGUCCUGUGAGGUCGCCUGUGUGGGCGGAGCAGCAUCUCUUCUGAAGGCGAGGACGUUGGUCUCGGCGGGAUGCGGCUUCAUUUGUCUUUCCUGGGAGCCUUUCUCUCUGCCCCACCCCCAGAGGUUUCAUUUAUUUACUUUUAGAGAGAGGGGAAGGGAGAGAAACAUCGAUUUGUGAGAGUCACUCUCCUUGCUCCCCUUCCUCUGGGGGCCUGGCCCGAAGCCGGGCUGCGCCCUGACUGGGGAUUGAACCAGCGACCUCUCGGUGCACAGGCCGGCGCCCAGUCCACUGAGCUGCACCAGCCAGGGCUCCUGGCUGCCUCGCUCCUUCGUUCAGGGCACCGCUUCCCACCUGCAGUGUCAGUGACGGGAACACAGGGUGGUUCUCCCGUGGAGGGCUUCCUACCCCACCAGGCGGAGGCUGCAGAAGAGGCCUCCCUGCCUCUGGCCGCGGCCCCACCUCAGUAACUGAGUCUCUCCAGGCCCCUGGGCUUCUGGAGCCUUUUAGCAAAAACCAGCGGUGAUGGUACAGCCGGCGGGAUCUGUGUGGCUCGGGCACCCCCAGGUGGGGCCUCCUCAGCCUGGUGACGUUCCGGUGCAGCGGGUGGCUUCCCGAGGGGGGAAAGGAGGGCGCCGGGUCCCAGUGCCCCGAGGCUGGCGGCACGUCCAGCGGGUGACUGUGCCGCCCUG